AUGGAGAAGAGUGGGCGCCCCCAUGCCAGCUUGGUUGGCUGGGCCGUGCUCAUGAGCCAAGGCGAGAACAUGGCCUUCACCUACCCGUUGAUUGCUGAGGCAUCCGUGCCGGAUGGCCUUGCGAGCGCAGUCAUGUGGGAUUUGGGAGCCAACAUAUGGUUAUGCCAGGGUCUGCUAUGGGGCGUGGCGGCUGUCUAUUCGCCCCAUGUGCAGGCCUCCGCCUACUCACCGGUUGACCAACCUGGCGACUGCGAGGAGGCAGAUGCUUUGUUGGAUGAUCCGAAAGCAAGUCGUCGCGGCUUCUUGGCAGGCCUCCCACCUGGCACAAAGGAUAUGGCGCUCAAAGCCGUGGUUGAGUCCGUCCUCCUGCGUGCCUGCCUCGUGGGCAUUGGCUUGAAUCUCAUUCAGCUGCCGCUUCCUGGGACUUUGGAUAAUGGUCUGCGAUAUGUUGGAAGCCUCUGCAAGGUGAUGCUUUACUUUCUGGUUGGCCUGUAUGCAGACUUCAACCUGUCUGUCGGAGACUUCCGGUUCAUUGCUGCAGCCCUCUUCCAACGACUGCUCGCUCAAAUUGCCAUGGCUCUGUUAAUAGUGCUCGUCAUGCCUAUGCCGAGUACGGCAUCCCGCAAUGCGAUUCUGGUCACCAUUUUCUCGUCCGGACCAUCGGUUCUUAUGCACAUCUUGGCUGAGACUGGCUAUGGCCAGCACCUGGUGAAGCUAUGUGUCACUGGAAGCCUGAUCAGCACAAUUCUGUGCGUCACGCUUCAGACAGCUCUGCUAACACACUUCCAGCAUGGCUGGGAACGCGGAGUAUCCUAG